CAACAAAGAUGGCGGCCGUGCUGAGGCUGUAUGGCACUUUGAUCGUUCUACUUUUUUCGGCGGUUUCAGUCAGCGACGCUUCGACCAGAAAGCUUUCUGUGCAGUUGAAUCCAGGCGCUGUGGCCCCGCCCACCGGUGGAGACCUUCUGCAUGUGAGAGCUGAGGGGCACAAUGACACGCUUCACUUCCUUUUGUGCAGCCAGGGGGCGCCAACACUGCUGCUGGUUCACACCAACGAUUCUUCUUCUUCUGUCUCGGUCAACUGGCCCCUCUUCUUGAGCCGCAACGCCAGCGGGAGCCUGCAGGUAGAGCCAGCGAGCAGCAUCCUGUCCAGCGCGGCACUGGUCUUCAGCCGGCUGUUGGAAUACAACGACAUCAACAACACAGCGGAAGUGACUUCUGACCUUUUCUCGCCGUAUGAGCUGCACAACGUCAGCUGGUCUCGCAUGCAGCUGUCAGGGGCGUCGGCUCGGCUGUGCGGCGCCGUGGCUGGAGGUUCUGUUUGUGUGCACCUGUCUGUGUUUGAGUCAGAGGGGCGGGCUGAGAUGUGGCCCCGCCUACUCCAUACAGCUAACUCCUCCCAGAUCGAGGUGUGGCUUGACAGCCUGUCACCGAGGGCGGCACGAUCACGCUUCCUUUUGGAGCUGCAGGCGGUGGGCGGAGCCUAUGCACUGAACAGGGUGGAGGUGCAUCGAUCCAUCGAUGACGAGUUCACACCGUCCAUAUUUAAGGUGUCUCAGUGGUUGUCCGCGGACGACGACAGCUCCCACGGGCAGGGCUUCGUCCUGUGGAAGCCGGUGGCAUAUCGGCACUUACUGCCGGCGUUGGAGGACGCGACACCGUGUCGUCAUUCUGACCCGCGACCACUGGAAGGCGAGGCGGUGGCGGCAGUGUCCGGCCUGGUGAGGGCGUUCUUCACGAAGGAGGAAGCGUACGGACUGAACGUGAGCUUCGGCCUGGCAGGGCAGCCGUUCUACAACAGCACCAAGUUCCUCAGCUGGACGGCGCUGGUGGGCGUCGGCCUUGCUCCUGCCGACACCUUUUCCCCGCUAGUCCUCACCAUCAUGGCCGUGGGUCUCGGCACGCCACUUGUCAUCCUGAUGAUGGGCGGAGUCUACGUCGGCACGCGUAGGAGGCUGGCGUCCUUGGCAACAAGCUAUGAGCCAAUCAACUGACAGCCAAUCAGAUUGCACUCUUUUAAGGUUACUUUUAAUAUUUAGGAUGUCAUCUAAGCCUCCAAUCAGGAGAUGGUUUUACAAAUGCGAUGAAACGUCACAUUGACUCAAUGAUCAAUACUUGAUUAUUAUGAAUGAUUGGCCUGUUAGGAACAUAUGAGUCUUUUAGAACACCACCUUCCUGUUUGCAAGUCCCAACCUAAGGAGAACAAUGACUGCUUCCUCUUUUCAUUUGUCAUUUUAUUUCAACAAACUUCUUGAUGAUUUUUACUAAAUAAAGACUUCAUAUCUUCCA